AUGAGUGUGUUACCUGAUGACGUCAACGCUGUGUUGUUGCAUCUACUCGAAAAUCUAUUAUCAACUGAUACCGCUCUGCGUAUAAACGCAGAGAAGUCACUCGACCAGGAAUGGUCUGACAAGCAGAAUGUUGAGCUAUUGCUAGUGUUUUUAGCUGAGCAAGCAACAUCAGGAGCUACUGACACUGUAAAGGCGUUUUCUGCAGUUAUGUUUCGAAGAAUGGCCAUUAAAUCACCAAAAGAAUUAUCCAGUGUUACUGAUAGAACCAUUGGAGUAAUUGGAGAACCAGCCAAGCAACAAAUUAGAACCAUUUUGUUGCAUGGGUUCUCAGCCCCUCAAUCAAAUCAAGUGAGACACAAGUUAUCUGAUGCUAUAUCCGAAGUUUCUAAGGAUGAUUGUUCUCCUCCUGGAACCUGGAAUGAAUUGGUUCCAGCAUUGUUUCAAGCGUCAAAGAAUCAGGACCCAAGUUUCCGUGAAUCAGCGUUCAGGGUGUUUUCAGCAUCGCCUGAGUUGAUUGAUCAAUCAUUUAUAAAUGAGAUUUUGCCUAUUUAUACAUCUGGCUUUGAUGAUGAGAAUGAUGAGGUACGAAUUGCCGCUUGCUCUGCUUUUGUUGCCUUUUUUAGAGAACUACCAAAGAAUGUGUGGCCCAGUUUGUCCCCUUUGUUGCCAAACUUACUCAAUUCCUUACCAAGAUUUUUGCAGAAUGGGCAGGAUGAUGCCUUGGCUUCAGUUCUCGAAAAGUUGAUUGAUUUGGUGGAACUUGCACCCAAGAUGUUCAAAGACAUGUUCCCUACAAUUAUAGAUUUUUGCGCAAUGGUUUCCAAAAAUAAGGAGUUGUCAUCUGCCACGAGAAUGGCGUCAUUGGAGCUUCUUACAACUUUUGCUGAAGUUUCCCCAGCAAUGUGUAAACGUACGCCAACAUACACCGAGCAAAUAGUUCUUAUCACGUUAUCGAUGUUGACUGAGGUUUGUAUUGACGAUGACGAUGCCGCUGAUUGGAACAACAACGAUGAUACAGAGGAAGAUGACGAAGAACCGGAAUAUGACGCAGCAAGACAAUCUUUGGAUAGAGUCAGCUUGAGACUCAAUGGACAAUCCAUGGCAGGCCCUUUGUUUCAAUAUUUACCUGCCAUGACUCAAUCUCAAAAUUGGAGAGAACGUCAAGCUGCAUUGAUGGCAUUGUCAUCGGCUGCUGAAGGGUGCGCUGAUGUCUUGAUGAAUGAGAUCCCCAGAAUAUUGGAUAUGGUGUUGCCCACUUUGAAUGAUGAUCAUCCAAGGGUACAAUACGCUGGCUGUAAUGCAUUGGGCCAGAUGUCAACUGAUUUUGCUGACAUGAUUCAAAGAACAUCUGGAAAUAGGAUAUUGCCCGCGCUCAUUUCUAAAUUGACAAACAAGUCUGUUCCUCGUGUGCAAGCACAUGCUGCGGCAGCUUUAGUGAAUUUUUCCGAAGCUGCCACCAAGGACAUUUUGGAGCCUUACUUAGAUGACUUGUUAAACAACUUGUUAGUAUUGUUGCAGUCGCCCAAGAGGUACGUACAGGAACAAGUCUUGACUACUAUCGCAAUCAUUGCCGACGCCGCUGAACAGACAUUUGUUAAGUACUACGACACCUUGAUGCCGUUGUUGGUAAAUGUGUUGAAAACAGAUAUGGGCGAUGAAAAUAGGUUGCUUAAGGCCAAGUGUAUCGAAUGUUCCACAUUAAUUGCAUUGGCUGUUGGAAAGGAAAAAUUUGAACCACAGAGCCAUGAUUUGAUACAGUUGUUUGGCCAUAUUCAACAGUCAGCAACCGCUGAUGACGAUCCAGUUAAGCAGUAUUUGGAGCAAGCUUGGGGUAGAAUCUGCCGCAUCUUGGGAAAAGACUUUUUACCAUACUUACCAUCAGUAUUACCACCUUUAAUGGUAACGGCAAAGGCGUCUCAAGAUAUAUCUUUGUUGGAGGAGGAUGAAGCAGAGGAAUACAAUAACAACGACGAGUGGGAUGUCAUCAAUUUGUCUGGGAAAUGGAUUGCUGUCCACACUGCAGCCUUGGAUGACAAGGUCACAGCCAUGGAUUUAUUAAGAACAUAUGCUAUUCAACUAAAGGGGGAUUUCUACCCCUGGGUUAAGGAAAUUGCCGAGGAUAUUGCAUUACCAGGGUUGGAUUUCUACUUGCAUGAUGGGGUACGUGGUUCAGCUGCAUUGACGUUGGCCUCGUUGUUGAAAUGUACGGUAGCAGCAACAGGAAAGGAUUCCCAGGACACGUUACUUCUUUGGUCGAAGAUAGCCGAUAAAUUGGCAGAAGUCUUGAGCUCUGAACCAGUUGCAGAGUUGUUGGUUGCUUACUAUACUGCUUUGGUCGAAUCUAUUAAUACCUUGCCACCAAACUCGAUAUCUCCACCACAAUUGCAAGCAUUUGCCAAGUCUAUUAAUGCCAACAUGGUUGAGAUCUACGAUAGAAUAAAAGCGCGAGAUAAUGAUGAUGACGAAUACACAGAAGAUGUCGAAGAAGAUGAAGAGGAGUACACCGAUGAAGAAUUGUUGGAUGAAAUCAACAAAGUUGUGUCGGCAAUCUUUAGGAAUGUCAAGGCUAAUGCUUUGGAAAAUUUCCAAGUGUUUAUCCCCACUGUUGCCACAUUUAUCAAUGAUGAAAACACAAGUUUGAAACUUUGUGGAUUGUGUAUUGUGUGUGACAUUUUGGAGCAUGGCGGUCCCCACUCUAUUGUGUUUAAGGAGUCAUUUCUCAACGUGUUGGCUCAUUCACUUUCGUCACCACACGCUGGUAUACGCCAAGCCAGUUCAUAUGCUGUUGGAGUUGCUGCCCAAUAUGGUGGUGAAGAGUACGCAGAAUUUUGUGUGCAUUGUUUGCAACCAAUGUUUAAGAUGGCAUCAGUACCGGACGCAAAGGCAGAUGAAAAUAUACACGCUACGGAAAAUGCUGUUUCGGCAAUCGCCAAAGUGUUGCACACGUUUGCCUCAUCUGUGCCCAGCUUAGAUGCGCUAGUGGACCAAUGGAUCAACCUUUUACCGGUUGUGCAGGAUGACAAUGCAGCAGCUUUUGCUUAUGUAUUCCUUAGUGGAUUGAUUGAUAACAAGCAUCCUGCUAUCGAGAAGAAUAUAUCAAAAGUGGUGGAUUCGAUUAUUCAAGCAUUAGCGCAUGCUUCAAUAGGUGGUAACACAGCAAAUAGAAUCGUUACUUCAACCAGAAAUUUGUUGAGCUCGAUUCCUCAUGAUAAGGCGAUUGCAUUACUUCAAGAGAACCCAUCAAACAUAGAUGUUGUAAAGAAGUAUUUUAGUUAA